AUGGGCGACGCAUCGAUCGAAUCACCCGAAUGGCGCAAGGUCGAGGUCGGCCGUAUCGUCCUCGUCCAGGGCAACGGCCCUUACGCCGGUAGACUGGCUGCUAUUGUCGAGAUCAUCGACCACAAGCGCGCUCUGGUCGAUGGACCUUCGUCAGACCCUAAGCUGGUCGUUCCCCGACAAGCCAUCUCUUUCGCCGACGUGCUCCUGUCCGAUCUGAAGAUUGCGAAGCUACCGCGCGCCGUCCGAACAGGAACCCUGCAGAACGCAUGGGCGAAGGCCGAAAUCGACGGCAAGUGGAAGGAGAGCAAGUGGGCCAAGCGAAAGGACCAGACGGAGCGAAGAAGGGCGCUCACCGACUUCGACCGAUUCAAGGUCAUGCGACUCAAGAAGCAACGACGAUUCGAAGAGCGAAAGGCUCUGGCCAAGGUCAAGGCAUCUGCAUGA